AUGUUUGGGCUUUCAAAGAGAGUGUUCCUGCUCAUUACCCUCAUUUUUUCUUUUAUUGGCGUGAUCUCCGUCUUCAAGUAUGCCACUACUCCCCUCGCCUCACGAUCAAUCGGCGCGCGACAAGAUGAAGACGAGGGCUUCGCUCCGCCUGUAGACGUACCAGUCUACGACGAACCUACAGGCCGAGUAUUGGGUCUAGGAGGCUGGAAUGAAGUCGUUUGCUAUCCGAGCGUUGGAGGCGUCAUCGUCAACCGGCACCUCACAGGCGUCGAGCUCGACUUCCUCAAUAUCUCGCGAUUCGUCGACACCCCGCGCUCCUCUGACCCCAGCGAAGAAGAUUCUUUCUGCCUACAAUUGAGCCGGACAGGUGGAAAAUGGUGGCAGAGCUACUUAACGUAUGAACGGGCGGUCAUCACCAGAGAUCUCUCUAUGUCAGAUAAGUAG